AUGGGUAAUGGAAUCGGGGCAGUCCUAGUAUCCCCAAACGGAGAUCAUUAUCCCUUUACUAGUAAAUUAGAUUUUGAUUGCACGAACAAUAUGGAAGAAUACGAAGCAUGCAUCAUGGGUAUCCGUACAACCAUAGAAUGCAAGAUCAAAGUAUUGGAGGUAUAUCGGGAUUUUGCACUAGUGAUCUAUCAACUCAAAGGUGAAUGGGAGACGAGAGAUUCCAAGUUGAUUGAGUAUAGAAGGCUGGUCCUAGAGUUUAUUAGAGAGUUCGAAGGCACCAGCUUCUGCUACCUCCUACAAAAUGAAAAUCAGAUGGUUGACGCCCUGGCUAGUUUAACUUCCAUGGAAGAAGAAAAGGAUGACCACCCUUGGUACCAUGAUAUACUGCGAUAUAUAAAGAGCCAUGAGUACCCGGAGCACGCAACUGAGAACGAUAAAAGGACUCUAAGGAGACUGGCCAAUGACUAUGUCUUAGAUGGGAGAUCCUAUAUAAAAGAAGAAAGGAUUAGGUGCUACUAA